UACAAUAAACGGAUAUUAAAAAAAUCUGAUUCACCUGGUGCACAUAAACUGAACAACUCUGUACAUUAUUUGUUCUAGCUCGGAAAAUUUACAGCAAGGACUAAUAAGAUUUUGAUGACGGUGUCGAAUGAAUACUCGACGAUAGCUCAGUUCAAAGUCUCACGCUGAAUUAUAAAUAAUUGAAGAUACGAUACGACUCCAGGGUAACCAAUAAAAUAUGAAUAGUCGAUCGAAGCAAAAGCGUUCUAAUAAUACUACAUCCCUCUUUCUUUUUUUUUUUUUAAGUAAAGACAAAGAAAGGCUCUCGAUUAGCACGACGUUGCAAGGAUAUAAAAAGGGCAGACCAACAAAGUCUUUGCAGAGCACGAAAAUCAUAGAGUAUACAAAGAAUGGCAACUCGACUGAAGGACAGAAUAUCAGCUCGAUACAUCGAUAUUAUCGAAUCCAAGAUUACGGCGAAGACGAAGAACGAGAUCACGAAGAAGAGCAGCAGCGUGCUGGAGGGAAUUAUGGGCAAAAGGAAGAACUAAAUAUUGGCGGCAAUUUUAAAGGAAACAAUUCAGCAAUUCAAUCGUUUAAGCAUAACCGCCUACAUGCUGCGCAUUUACUCUGUGGAAUGUGGGGUAUGGGAUACGGUAUAUUUCACACGAUGAGGGACACUCGAACUCUUUGGUCUGUAUUUUUUAAAUGGUGAUCCGUCGUCAGGAAGGAAGAGCGAGUAAAGUAUGUAUGUAUAGAGAGGUAGGCAAGCUUCAGUAAUAUGUUUAUAUGUAUAAAGCAAUUUAGCUCGUUUAAUUUGAAAUAUUUAAGGAAGGGAGAAAACAAGAGGGCAAAGGAAUCGACUCGUUAUCGCUUAACGUAGAAACGGCUGGGAGAGCUCAUCUUUAAGGACGUCAUUAAAAUGUAAAUGACGCGUGUCACUAUCGUUAGAGGCUUUAAGCAGCCCUUAUAAUACAGAUGGGAUCGAAUGUGCAUGCAGGUAAGCGUAUAUGGUUAUAGAAUGCAUGAAAGAUGGGCUGAAUACAGUUUAGAAUGUGUGGACACGAUGUGGAUGAUUAUA